CUAAAACCCAAACGUUCUCCCUCUAAAACCUAAACUUUCUCUCUCUGUAAGUCUCUGUAUACAACAAUAUCGGUAUAAGGAUCCUCAGCAAAACCCUUUCGACUCACUUUGUUAUCUCUACAAUGAUGACUCACUCUUAUGCGACGGACACUCCAAACAAAGCCACCGACCUUGCCACCACCGUUAUCGCCGCCUCAUCACCGCCGCAAAUCAUAGCCGCGUGCGGCGCAAUAGAAUCGUUCCUCCAGAAGCACACACCGGACCAGGCCCGAUGGUUCUUCUCCAUCACUUUCCCAACCCUAAUUUGCAAAAUCUUUGGCUUCGAGGAGUCUUCGCCAGCUCAGAAACCUCACUCCCCUAACGGUUGGAUCGAGAUCGUUUCGCAAUCGAACGAUUCAGAGCUCUCCAGUAGGGUUUUUAGACUACUGUUACCAAAUGGUGUGUUAAUGUCUUCUAUGUCUGCCGUUGAUCGACUCUCACUUGUGAAAUAUGUGUUUCCGAUUGAAAGAUUGCCUGAGUGGGUUCGGAAUAUGCUUCAGAAUGAGCGAGACUACAGCGUUUUGGCCGAUUUGUGUUCGUUGUUUAAAGGUAGGGUCAAGGAGGAUUCUGUUAAGGGUUCUUCAUUUCAGGUGCAAUUGAAUGUGUUUGAGUAUUACAUGUUUUGGUAUGCUUACUACCCAGUUUGUAGAGGGAAUUAUGAGAGUUGUGGUGCAGUAAGGGUUCAGAGAAGUAGAAGGUUUAGAUUGGAGAAUUGGACUCAUUCGAUUCCGGUGUUUUCAAGCGCUAAGCGUGGAACAGAGCGGAAAGUGGAGUGUAAUUUGUAUACACGGCUUCUUUAUGCAUACCUUCAUGCAUUUGUGCCUGCAUGUGAUUUGAAUGCUCAUCCACCGUAUCGUAGUUCACUGUUACAUUAUUCAUCAGGUUAUGAUAGUUUGGUUCUUGAACGAGCAGGGUUUUUUGUUAGUACAUUGAUACACUUCUGGUUAGUUAAUAAUGAUUUCUCGCCAUUGGCCGUGGCUACUUGCAAGUCAUUUGGUGUGACUUUCCCUUUCCGAUCAGUUCUGGGUGAGACCCCACCUACGUCUGGGUUGGGUGAGGUAGUGAACGUGUUUGUGAAGUACCUGAAUUUUAGUAUGGUUACAUUUGCUGAUGGGUCUGAUCAUGUUAAAUAUUCUGAGAGUCCUAGGUGGAGGAUCUCAGGUUCUGUUGAUUUUAUGAAGUCAAAGGAUGCUACAUCAGGAACUUUCGGUGUGCACUCUGUUAGUUCUUGGAACUCUUGGAUUCAGAGGCCAUUGUACAGAUAUGUGUUGAGGGCCUUCUUGUUUUGCCCUGUGCAGACUUCUAUUAAGAAUGCAUCUCAGGUAUUUUCAGUUUGGAUUAACUACAUGGAACCUUGGGCUAUCAGCUUGGAAGAUUUUGUGGAGCUUGCUGCCAAUGAGGGUAUAUCAAGAAAAAAUAUGACAAUGGAGACCUCCCGAUCUCCUUCACGUGGAUAUUCAUCUUCCUGGCAGGGCUUUGUAUUGGCUAACUAUCUGUUCUACAGUUCCUUGGUUAUGCAUUUUGUUGGAUUUGCACACAAGUUUCUCCAUACAGAUGCAGAAGUGAUAGUACAGAUGGUAUCAAAGGUUUGUUUUCUUCCCUUUCCAGAUUACUAUUGUUGUUUGGCUUUGCUUGCACCAUUGAUAGUUUGUGUUGCAUUGUUCAUAUCUAUGCAGAAAUGUGAUCAACAGUUUUUGGACAGUUUUAUAUUGGACAUUUUGUAGGUGUUUUUGAUUCAACUCCCAUUUUGUCGAGGCAAUAAUUUGUAUAUACUUUUUUUUGAGACAACACUGAAAUAGUGUCGAUGGCACUUGAUCUGCCAGAGUUUUGAGAUUUUAAUUAUGGUAAACACAUAAUCCAUCUCCAUUCUUUUUUUUUCACUGCAAUUUCUCAUAUGCUGCAUUCUGCAUGCAUCUAUUAUUAUUUCUUGAGGAAGGAAAUGUACAGUUUUAUGCAAAAACAUUGUGGUAUAGAAGUGAGGAACAAUGGAACUUUGGAAUCAUGGUUCGAAGUCGCAGUAUCGGUCAUCGACUCGGAGGACACUGAUACAUAUUGGUCGCGUCGUCGCGGUACGGUAUCGGCCGAUACGCUCAA